GUUCAAGAUGGUUGGAUGCGUAUGGUUUUCAUUUUAAAAAUAAAGAAUCUGAGGAUGAAGAUGAUAUUGAAGAAGUUGAUUUUAUUUGGACUCGGGAUAGACCUGAUGAACUUGAUGAACCUGUAGAAUAA